CCCCCUCAUCGUUGCUUCCCCGCAUCCGUCAUGGCUGCCAUGGAGGAGUUGGAGAUCCACAGCAAGUCGAUCUUCGCCUUGCAUCGGUAUCUCCGCGCCGAUCAGAUCGUGCUGAGGCUGACCCCCAACUCUACUGCGUGCCAGUCCUACUUUGUCCGCUGGGUUGCUGUCAAAGCCUGUCACACUAUCUCAUGGAGCAUCCAACCACAUAAAAAAUCGAUCAACUUCGGUAUCUUCAAACAUCCUGGCAAUUCCGCCCUCCUUGGGUCGAACACAAACCUCCCCGCGACCGCCGACACUCCCAGAUCCGAAUCACCCGACCCGAUCACCGCCAACACCGGCGGACGCGCCAAUGGCUCCAUAAUUGAGCGCUUAACCGGCAUUGGGCUGAAGCAAGUCCAGUGGCUUGGAAGAUGUGAGGCCGAACGUAUAGUCCGCGGCACCUAUGAUGUCCCUGCCAACGAGGGAGGUAACUACGGGCUUGUCUUCGAUAAUACAUUCUCCAAGCAGAUCUCCAAGACCGUGACCCUCGUCCUGCUCACCUACCCAACAGCUCUACCGCCACAGUCAGUCCCAGUGCCGCACGCAGCGAGUCAACCACAGCAGGGCACCGCUGAUUCUGCAGCGAUAGCCGAGGCCGGAAAGCCCCUGCCAGCGCGCCGUCGGGGCAACAGCAUGCUGCCCCCUCCGCCGCCGUCUCAACCCACUGAGAUCGACUCGGCUCAAACCUAUACGGGUUUGUUGCAGAAGCGAAGGCGGAAGCGCCACCAGGGAUGGGCGCGCCGUUUUUUCUCGCUCGACUUCACCUCCUCUACCCUAUCCUACUAUCACGACCGGAACUCGUCCGCCCUGCGCGGCUCUAUACCUCUCAACCUGGCCGCAGUUGCCUGCAACCAGCAGUCGCGCGAGAUCUCGAUUGAUUCGGGUACGGAAGUCUGGCAUCUUCGCGCUAGUAAUGAUCAAGAGUUCGCUGCCUGGAAGCGUGCUUUGGAACGGGCGUCCUCUUCCAAAAGCUCGGCCGAAGACCCCAACCACCCAUCGGAGCCGCUGUUGCGGGUCCCUUCCCAGCGCGUACACGCCAACGCUGCCGAUGAAAGAGAUUGGGAGCAAGUUGAGAGUUUGGUUAGCAAGGUGUCCGGCACGCGUGAUGCUGUCCGGCGCCUGGCUAAGGACACCGAUCCAAAGUAUCUAGGCCCGGACCGGCCCCCCGGCCGCUCUCCGAGCCCUCACCGUACCCCAACCGAUAUGAGUGGAGAAGAGCCCAAUGAUGGCCGAAGGCCGUUCUGGAGGCGCAAGAGCAGUGCCACCGUCCAGCCCACCGUUAAGCGCAGUACCACCAUGAAUUCCAUGUCCUCCCAGCUGGCCAUUCCGGGCGCCUUUGAUUCGUCCUCGGUUCAUGGCGAUCGCAAGCCCGGCAGCAUCGCCAGUCACCCCGACCACAUGAACGAGAUCCACGAGCAUCUGAUGGCCGUCCUACGGGACCUAGACCACGUCGUCAGCGAAUUCUCCAGUCUCAUCGCCGAGACCAAGCAUCGCCGUCGUCAGCCUGGCCGGUCGCUGCAGUCACGGCAUAGCUUUGAAUCCGAUAUGUCGCAAGAGUUCUUCGAUGCUGUGGAUGACGGCCAUACCUCGGCCCUACUCACCAUUCAGGGUGAUACCAACAGCGAGGAUGAAGAUCCUCGCGGCGGGAAGACCAAUGGCAACGCCAUCUCCUCAACACUGGCCAAGGAAGACGUCGUCGCAGACGAUGCACCCUCGGACAGUGAUGAUGAUGAAACGAUUCCAGAAGAGACAAGCGAUAGCCAUGACCAGUCAUCGCCGCUGUUCCCGGUGCGGCCCAAAUCGCUAACGCCAUUGCCUCUGAAACCGGUGCCACGGCGCGAGAAUAUCACUGCCCCAACAGUAAUGCCGCCGAGUCUCAUCGGGUUCCUGCGCAAGAAUGUUGGCAAGGAUCUGUCCCAGAUUUCUAUGCCUGUUUCCUCCAAUGAGCCUCUUUCUCUGCUGCAGCGUGCGGCCGAGGUCCUUGAGUACUCAACGCUACUUGACAAAGCUGCCAAUGUCUCUGAUCCAGUGGAGCGGCUCGUAUACGUGACUGCGUUUGCAUUGUCGCCGUUAUCAAGCAAUCGUGUCCGGGAGCGCGCCAUCCGUAAGCCCUUCAACCCUAUGCUCGGCGAGACCUACGAAUUGGUACGUGAGGAUUUGGGAUUUCGAUUCAUCGCCGAGAAAGUCUCCCACCGACCCGUCCAGCUCGCGUACCAGGCCGACGGCCCGGAAUGGAGUCUGACGCAGUCCCCCAUGCCCACCCAGAAAUUCUGGGGGAAAUCUGCCGAGAUCGUGACAGAGGGUCGCAUUCGCCUCACGCUUCAUACCACUGGAGAACACUACAGCUGGGCUUCGGCAACCUCGUUCCUGCGCAACAUUAUUGCUGGUGAGAAGUACGUCGAACCGGUCGGCGAGACUACCGUCGUCAAUGAGACGACCGGCCACAAGACAGUAUCAACCUUCAAAGCCGGCGGUAUGUUUUCCGGGCGCAGUGAAGAAGUUAGUACCAAGACCGUUGAUGCUGGCGGCCGUGACCUUGGCCUCGGAUUGACAGGCACAUGGACGACCUCCCUUCAGCUCACUAAAAACGGUUCGCCAACUGGCACAGCAGCCUGGAAUGCGGGCCCGCUCGUCCCCAAUGCCCCUAAGCACUAUGGCUUGACGGCGUUCGCGGCGAGCUUGAAUGAGAUAACCCCGAUUGAGGCGGAACAGCUUCCGGCGACGGAUUCACGGCUGCGACCGGAUCAGCGCGCCCUCGAGGAUGGGGAUGUCGACCGUGCCGAGGAGUUGAAGGUUCAACUUGAGGAAGGGCAACGCGCCCGUCGCCGUGCGAUGGAGUCGGCUGGCGAGCAGUGGACGCCGCGCUGGUUUGCACAGGUGGACAAUGCGCCCGAGGGCGGUGAGGUUACAUGGCGAUUGAAGCCCGGAAAGGAGGGCUACUGGGAAGAAAGGGCCAAGAAAGCCUGGACUGGCGUGGUGCCGGUCUUUGAGGCCUAA